GACCAGCUUCUCCCAGAAUCUUGCCCCAGAAGGAUUCUACCCGUGAACGCCCUCUCGCCCCCGCCUUCUGUGGAACAGCCCACUGUACGGAAUGGGUGCUAAGAUGGCCGCCCCCAUGAGACACGACAUAGCGCAGCCAUAUUCCUCGCCUGACAACGCCACUCAUGGACCAAGUCUCCGCCGAUCCGUAACAGGGCUGUGUUCAGUGAGUAGACUACAACCUCUCAGUUCUCCUGAUCGUGUGCAAAAUCAACAGCCCUAGAAGGUGCAGUGUCGGGGUGAGGACAGGAAACGGAAAUCCCCCUCAGAGGCCGUUUAAGUCGUCUUGGCGCGCGACGCUAAAUGCAGUGCACGAGGUUUUAUGGCGUGAUAGUCGCUCAGGAUUUCUUGGCGUCCCUGUGGAGCCAUUGAGCCUUACCCCUUACUAGAGGCUGCAGGACCCUCUACACACAGACAGCUGUCCAGCACGGAAGGUGGCCUGAGGCCCAGGGUGAACAUGCCAGCUAAUGGGACAUCACCCCAGGGAUUCCCUGCCCUGAUUCCGGGAGAACCUGGCAGAUCUUUUGAGGGGUCCGUGUCAUUCGAGGACGUGGCUGUGGAUUUCACCCGACAGGAGUGGCACAGACUGGACCCUGCUCAGAGGACCAUGCACAAGGAUGUGAUGCUGGAGACCUACAGCAACCUGGCAUCUGUGGGCCUCUGCGUGGCCAAACCAGAGAUGAUCUUCAAGUUGGAGCGAGGAGAAGAGCUGUGGAUAUUAGAGGAGGAAUCCUCAGGCCAUGGUUACUCAGGAUCUCUCUCACUGCUGUGUGGCAAUGGUUCUGUUGGGGAUAAUGCCCUCAGACAUGAUAAUGACUUUCUUCACCAUCAGAAGAUUCAAACCUUGGAUCAAAAUGUUGAAUAUAAUGGAUGCGGGAAAGCCUUCCGUGAGAAAACAGGCUUUGUUAGACGUAAAAGAACACCCACAGGUGAUAAAAACUUUGAAUGUCAUGAAUGUGGGAAAGCUUAUUGCAGGAAAUCAAAUCUUGUUGAACAUCUGAGAAUACACACAGGAGAGAGACCCUAUGAAUGUGGUGAAUGUGCAAAAACCUUCAGUGCAAGAUCAUACCUCAUUGCUCAUCAGAAAACUCACACAGGGGAGAGACCCUUUGAAUGUAAUGAAUGUGGGAAAUCUUUUGGCAGGAAGUCACAACUCAUCCUACAUACAAGAACACACACUGGAGAGAGACCCUAUGAAUGUACUGAAUGUGGGAAAACCUUUUCUGAGAAGGCAACCCUCACAAUUCAUCAGAGAACUCACACAGGGGAGAAACCCUAUGAAUGUAGUGAAUGUGGGAAAACAUUUCGUGUAAAGAUAUCCCUUACCCAACACCACAGAACUCACACAGGGGAGAAACCUUAUGAAUGUGGGGAGUGUGGGAAAAACUUCCGUGCAAAGAAAUCCCUAAAUCAGCAUCAAAGAAUUCACACAGGUGAGAAACCCUAUGAGUGUGGUGAAUGUGGGAAAUUCUUCCGAAUGAAGAUGACUCUCAAUAAUCAUCAGAGAACUCACACAGGUGAAAAGCCCUAUCAGUGUAAUGAAUGUGGGAAAUCUUUCAGGGUGCACUCAUCUCUUGGGAUCCAUCAGAGAAUUCACACAGGAGAGAAACCUUAUGAAUGUAACGAGUGUGGUAAUGCUUUCUAUGUGAAAGCACGCCUAAUUGAACAUCAGAGGAUGCAUUCAGGAGAGAAACCCUAUGAAUGUAGUGAAUGUGGGAAAAUCUUCAGUAUGAAGAAAUCCCUCUGUCAACACCGGAGAACUCACACAGGAGAGAAACCUUAUGAAUGUAGUGAAUGUGGAAAUGCCUUCUAUGUGAAAGUACGCCUCAUUGAGCAUCAGCGAAUUCACACAGGAGAGAGACCCUUUGAGUGUCAAGAAUGUGGGAAAGCUUUCUGCCGGAAAGCACAUCUCACAGAACAUCAGAGAACUCACAUAGGCCGGUCCUGGCAUUAUACAAUGAAGAAAGCCUCUGUCUGAAGACUUCCCUCACCAUUGGAUCAAGCUCCUUGGGGCAUAUGAUCACCAGGGCACACAGUGAGCCUGUGAAAAUUUGGCACCUACAUUUGUAUCAAAAUAUGUCCUGAUCCCCUUAGGGGAUCACUCAUUGCUUUUAUUUGGAUUUCCCUAAUUAGUGGUGUGUGAACAUCUUAUCUGUUGAUUGGCUAUUUGGGUUUUUUUUUCUGUGCAUUGACUGUUCAUGUCCUCUGCUCAUUGUUUUCAAAUGGGCUGUUCAUCUCUUGCUUUUUGGUUUAAAUGUUGUUGUUUUUUAACAUAUGAGAAUAUAAAAAUCCUUUUUUUUUUCCAGUCAUGUGUGUUGCAAAUAUCUUCUCCCAGACUGUCAUUGGUUUUUAAAAUUUUGUCAUCUGUUUUCUUCUGCUGAAGUUUUAUGUUUUAUUUAUUUAUUUAUUUUUUAUUUUUUUUGAGAUGGACUCUUACCCUGUGGCCCAGGCUAGAGUGCAAUGGCAUGACCUCAGCUCAUUUCAACCUUUGCCUCCCAGGUUCAAGCAAUUCUCCUGCCUCAGUCUCUUGAGUAGCUGGGAUUACAGGUGUGCACCACCAUGCCUGGCUGAUUUUUGUAUUUUUGGUAGAGAUGGGGUUUCACCAUGUUGGUCAGACUGGUCUCUAACUCCUGACCUCAGGUGAUCCACUCACCUUGGCCUCUGAAAGUGUUGGGAUUACAGGUAUGAGCCACCGUGCCCCGCUAAAGUUUUAUGUUUUAAUAUUAUCAGUUUCAAGAUGAUAAUAUUCUCCUAUACUUUCCUCUAAAGGUUUUCCUUUCAACAUUUAGAAUUUCAAUCUCCUGUGAGUUUUUUGGUAUAGCAUGAAGUGUGCAAUACAUACUACUAUAUUGUCUUUAUGUAAUUUUACAUAAAUGAGAUCACACUGUAUUUAAAGUUCUGCAGCUUGCUUUUUUCAUGUAAUGUUACCUUUCCAAGAUCUGUCCUUGUUGAUAAGUAUAGGUCUGACUAGUCAUUUAUCUCUCCAUUCCCAUAGUAAAAGACAUUUGUAUGUUUUUCAAGUUUAGUGUCUAAAUCUAGAAGUGGAACUGAUGGGUCAUAGGAUUUAGGCAAUGUGCUGGUUAUUAAGCUAUUGUGUCCCAGCUCCAAACCCACCCUUCUUGACUGUGCUUUGUGACUCUACAAACUACAUUUUGGCUUUGCCAACUGCUCCCUGUUGGGCCUUGCCAAUAGGAGAUACUAGAUAUACACUUUGGGGCUGGAGAGGGAGGAAGGGACUUGAUCCUUUUUUUCUAUUCCUAUUAGCUCUUGGUCAUUGGAGUGUCUGCUCAGCAUUGCUUCUUCACUCAGACACCAGCAGUUCCUUGUCAUAGCAGCGGUUUAAUCUACUUUGCAGCUUUCCAGCACUCACAGAUGGUAGCCCAUCCCCUCUGAGACACAAGUAUCAGCUGGCUGGUGUCACCUCCUUAGAGAUGUGAAUUCUAGCCACGUGGGACCCCUCCUCUUUCCUUCUAAGUUUUAUUAAUUUCAACUUAUGGUUGGGUGUAGUGGAUCGCGCCUGUAAUCCCAGCACUUUGGGAGGCCAAGAUGGGUGGAUUGCUUGAGCUCAGGAGUCAAGACCAGCCUGGGAAAUAU